AUGCUUGCAAAAUCUGUUCUAUCAAUUAGCCUGUUCCUCGCUGGAGUUCAGGCUCAACAAGCUGCAAACUGUCAAUACCAGUCAUUGAAGUGCGGUUCAGCCUUGCUCGCUGCUCCAUACGGCUACACCGAAGCCCAGCUCUCUGCAGCUGUUAACGAUACGGCUUCAAUCCCGCCUAUCAGCAUUUCCCAGCUGUCCCAAACUCUUUUCCACUGUACAGAUAUUCUGGGUGGUAUCACUGGAAACGCUUUCUGUUUCGCUGGAUGUGACGCCAAGCCCGGUACUCGCAAUGACCAAUGUAUCUUGUAG